AUGCUCGGCUUAAGGUCUAUUGCUCGUGCUCAUGCGUCUCGCGCCGCGGUCAGGUCACAGUUUGCUACUAGGAGCGCGUCAGGAUUCGCGAAGUUCAAUGCAGAGGAUCCGUUUGACCUGGAAAGUCAACUCACCUCUGAUGAGAUCGCCAUACGGGACGCCACUCGCGAAUUCUGUCAGGACUUCCUUCUCCCUCGUGUGAUCGAGGCCAACCGGACAGAGAAACUUGACCUCGACAUCUUACCUGAGAUGGGUAAGAUGGGUAUCCUCGGGCCGACAAUUGAAGGCUACGGAUGCGCCGGUGUCAGCAGCGUGGCGUAUGGACUUAUCGCCCGCGAGUUGGAGCGUGUAGACUCUGGGUACCGAAGCACUGGCAGCGUGCAGAGCUCGCUUGUAAUGCAUCCCAUCAACGCGUUUGGCUCGGACGCUCAGAAGGAGAAGUACCUUCCGGCUCUUGCCAGGGGAGAGCUCGUUGGCUGCUUCGGGCUGACGGAGCCGAACCACGGUAGUGACCCUGCAGGAAUGGACACCGUCGCAGAGGAGACCGACGGCGGCUUCAUCAUACGAGGCAGCAAGACAUGGAUCUCGAAUGCACCAUUCGCCGAUGUCUUCGUGAUUUGGGCUCGAUGCAAGUGGGAUAACAAAGUUCGCGGUUUCAUCCUUGAGAAGGGCAUGGACGGCUUGACCGCCCCGCGGAUACACGAUAAGCACGCCCUUCGCGUGAGCCCGACAGGGUCUAUCUUCAUGGACAACGUCAAGGUCUCGCACGAUGCGUUGCUACCCAAAGCCGUCGGCCUCGGCGCUGCCUUCUCGUGCUUAAACAAUGCACGGUUCGGUAUCUCAUGGGGUGUCAUCGGAGCGCUCGAGUCUUGCAUCGAUGUGGCGCGGAACUACGCGCUUGAACGUCAUCAGUUCUCUCGCCCACUAGCGUCCUUCCAGCUUGUCCAGAAGAAGCUCGUCGAUGCGCAUACGGAAGCUGCCCUGGGUCUGCAAGCGAGCUUGCGCGUAGGCCGUCUCAAGGACGAGGGGAAACUCGCACCUGCCAUGAUCAGCAUGGUGAAGCGCAACAACUGCGGCAAGGCGUUGCAGCAUUCACGCAUUCUGCUGGACAUACUUGGAGGCAACGCGACGAGCGAUGAGUAUCACAUCGGACGACACGUUGGGAACUUGCAGGUCACCAAUACCUACGAGGGUACCUACGACAUCCACACUCUCAUCCUGGGCAAGGAGAUCACGGGUAUCCAGGCGUUCGCGAACUAA